UUCAUACAUCCUUCUCCAUGAAACUUCUCCCUCAAAAUCCUACGAAGCGAGCGGGGAUGGUCCAAGCUCUUCAAACGUGUCGCAGGUGUCCUCUUCGUUUUGGAUCUCGAGAGUUUCGAUUCCAUGGGGGCGAUGUCGUGGCUCUGUGGUUGUUGCGGCGCUAAGAGCCUCAGAGUCCUCCGGAAGAGGCCGGAGGAUCUUAAUCAGCGGUCUCAGGCGCCGGCGAUGGGGAAUUCCGGUGCCGCGUCUUGGGAUUUGUUCAUUGAUUUGAAGACUCUUGAAGCUGCUACUGAUUGCUUCUCUGAUGCUAAUCGGCUUGGCCAGGGUGGCUUCGGUCCUGUCUACAAAGGGAGGAUUGAGGGGUGGGAAGAGGAGGUGGCGGUGAAGAAGCUGGCUAUGGAUUCUAGGCAGGGAGUGAGGGAGUUUAUGAAUGAGGUUAGGUUGUUGCUCAAGGUUCAGCACCGGAACCUCGUCUCGCUCAUUGGUUGCUGUGCGCAUCCGGAGCACAAGAUGCUUGUUUACCCUUACUUCCCUAACCGUAGUCUUGAUCACUUCCUCUUCUCUGACAAUGAAAAGCGUGCAUCACUUAACUGGUCAAAACGAUUUGAGAUAGUUGUUGGAGUGGCAAAGGGUCUUCUAUAUCUUCAUGAAGAAUCUCCUGUCAAGAUCAUUCACAGAGAUAUUAAGGCAAGCAACAUAUUGCUUGAUGACCAAUUAUGCCCCAAGAUCUCUGAUUUUGGCAUGGCAAGGCUAUUCUCAGCUGAUGAUACUCAUGUAAAUACGUUUAAGAUUUCUGGCACCUAUGGUUAUAUGGCACCUGAAUAUGCAAUGAAUGGCUAUUUAUCUGCAAAGGCUGAUGUCUUCAGUUUUGGCGUGUUGGUACUAGAGAUUGUUAGUGGGAGGAAAAAUCUUGAUCGGCAGUUGGAUGAAGAUAAGAUUGACCUUCUGACCUAUACAUGGAAACUCUUUGAAGCAGGAAGGGCAUUAGAGCUUGUGGACCCUAGCCUUGAUAACUACAAUAAUGAAGAAGCAGCAUUGUGCAUUCAGCUAGGGCUGCUCUGUUGUCAAGCCCUAGUUGCUGACAGGCCGGAUAUGUACUCAGUUCAUCUCAUGCUUUCCAGUGAUUCAUUUUCAUUGCCAAAGCCUGGUAAACCGGGAAUCCGGGGCCGUGGAGGACGAUGGACUGCAACAUCUUCUACAGCAGCCACUAAUAAUACUCGUACAAAUAGCACCUACACUGGAACUGACACAACUAGAGCUUCAAAUAUUUUUAAUAGUUCAAUAGAGGAGUAUUCAGGAAAUUCCAUAUCUACUUCCUUUACUACAGAGGGACGAUGAAACAAAUCUGCUCAUGGUAUGCAUCUCCAAACAUCAUGUAACAUAGAUAUCACCGGGUGCUUGCUUGAGAGGAGUUUUUGCAUUUGCAUUUUGUUUUUUUUUUUUUUUAAUUUUUCGGAUUGUUACUUGGAUUGUCAGCUAUCUUGUAAGAUAACAUUCAUGGAUUCUGGUGGGAUCUUGGGUAUGGAAAUGUAUUGCUUCUGGGGAAGUGUAUUGCUGCUUUAAACCAGGCUGAUUAUGUACACUUCUUGCAAUUUCUAGAUAUUUAAUUGUCUAUAUUUGUUACUA